AUGAGACCUAUUAUGCUGGUUGGACAUGAACGUCCACUUACACAGGUCAAAUACAAUAAGCAGGGCGACCUGGUGUUUACCUGCUCCAAGGAUAACGUGGCGAGCGUGUGGUAUUCGAUCAACGGUGAAAGAUUAGGAACUUUAGAAGGUCAUACCGGUAGUAUUUGGUCCAUUGAUGUUGAUCAGUAUACUCAGUGCUGUGUUACAGGCAGUGCUGAUUACAGUAUCAAAUUGUGGACCGUAUGCGAUGGUCAAACCGUUCACACAUGGAAGUCACCAGUGCCCGUUAAACGUGUAGAGUUCUCACCAUGUGGUAACUAUAUCCUAGCUGUCCUGGAUGAUGUUAUGAAAUACAUUGGGUCCAUAAACAUUUACCAAGUGAAGAGAGACCCAGAGACUGGCGCAGUCAUUGAAUGUAUUGACGAGCCAGUUCACUGCAUCGAAACUCACGAAGGUCUUGCAGCAGCUACUGUCGCUGGUUGGUCAACCGAAGGCUCCUACAUUCUAGCGGGUCACAAAGAUGGUCAAGUGAGCAAAUACAACACCAAGAACUAUGAAUUCGAAGGGUCCAUCCCACUACACACCUCUAACGUCAGUGAUGUGCAAUUCUCACCCGAUCGCACAUAUUUCAUCACCUCUUCAAGAGACUCCAACGCCUUCAUCGUCGAUGUCGAUACACUACGUGUUCUAAAGCAAUACGAAGCAGAUUGCCCCUUAAACAGCGCAUGUCUAACCCCCUUGAAGGAGUUUGUCAUACUGGGAGGUGGUCAAGCAGCAAGAGAUGUCACUACCACUAGUGCCCGCGAGGGUAAAUUCGAAGCCCGUUUCUACCACAAGAUCUUCAUGGAAGAAAUCGGGCGUGUCAAGGGUCAUUUCGGUCCACUAAACUACGUCGCAGUGAGUCCACAAGGGACUUCCUACACUUCCGGUUCAGAAGAUGGUUUUGUCAGAAUCCAUCAUUUCGAAAAAUCCUACUUUGACUUCAAAUACGAAGUCGAAAAGGCCGCAGAGGCCAAGGAACACAUGCAAGUCGCUGCCUAG